AUGGCGCCUUCUCUGAGACCCCAGGCGCGGCUGCGGCCGCCGGGGAUGCUGCUCCGCGCGCUCCUUGCACUGCUGCUCUUCAGCUCCCUUCCAGGAGUGUGGUGCUUUAGCGAACUGUUUUUUAUGAAAGAACCACAGGAUGUAACUGUCACGAGAAAGGACCCAGUCAUAUUAGAUUGCCAGGCUCACGGAGAAGUUCCCAUCAAGGUCACGUGGUUGAAAAAUGGAGUGAAACUGUCUGAAAAUAAACGGAUCCAAGUUCUUUCUAACGGCUCUUUAUACAUCAGUGAGGUGGAAGGCAGGCGCGGAGAGCAGUCCCACGAAGGAUUUUAUCAGUGCUUGGCGGUGAACAAAUACGGAGCCAUUCUUAGUCAGAAAGCUCACCUCACCUUAUCAACUAUUUCUGCAUUUGAAGUACAACCAGUUUCCACAGAAGUCCAGGAUGGAGGAGUUGCCAGAUUUGCCUGCAAGAUUUCCUCUAACCCUCCUGCAGUCAUAACAUGGGAAUUCAAUCGGACAGCUCUGCCGAUGACUGUGGACAGGGUAACGACCCUGCCAACAGGUGUGCUACAGAUUUAUGAUGUUGGCCAGAGGGAUGCUGGAACUUACCGUUGUGUUGCUGCAACUGUAGCCCACCGGCGUAAAAGUAUGGAGGCCUCGCUUGUCGUGAUCCCAGCUGAGGAGUCUAAACCCUUCCACACACCAACGAUUAUAGCAGGCCCACAGAACAUGACUGUGUCUCUUCAUCAGACCGUUGUUUUGGAAUGCAUGGCCACAGGAAAUCCUAAGCCUAUCAUUUCUUGGAGCCGUCUUGAUCACAAAUCCAUUGAUGUCUUUAAUACCCGGGUGCUUGGAAAUGGUAAUCUCAUGAUUUCUGAUGUCAAGCUGCAGCAUGCUGGAGUCUAUGUUUGUCGGGCCACAACUCCUGGCACACGCAACUUCACAGUUGCUAUGGCAACUUUAACUGUAUUAGCUCCUCCUUCAUUUGUUGAAUGGCCAGAGAGUUUAACGAGACCUCGAGCUGGCACUGCGCGAUUUGUGUGUCAGGCAGAAGGAAUUCCCUCACCCAAAAUGUCAUGGUUGAAAAAUGGAAGAAAGAUCCAUUCAAAUGGUAGAAUUAAGAUGUACAACAGUAAACUGGUAAUUAACCAAAUAAUUCCUGAAGAUGAUGCGAUUUACCAGUGCAUGGCUGAGAAUAGCCAAGGAUCUGUUUUAUCCAGAGCCAGACUGACUGUGGUAAUGUCAGAAGACCGACCCAGCGCCCCCUAUAACGUGCAUGCUGAAACCAUGUCGAGUUCAGCCAUCCUCUUAGCUUGGGAGAGGCCACUGUAUAAUUCAGACAAAGUCAUCGCUUACUCUGUGCACUACAUGAAGGCAGAAGGUUUAAAUAAUGAAGAAUAUCAAGUAGUCCUUGGGAAUGACACGACUGAUUAUAUUAUCGAUGACUUGGAACCUGCCAGCAAUUAUACUUUCUAUAUUGUGGCUUAUAUGCCAAUGGGAGCCAGCCAGAUGUCUGACCAUGUUACACAGAAUACUCUAGAGGAUGUUCCUCUGAGACCUCCUGAAAUCAGCUUGACAAGUCGAAGUCCCACCGAUAUUCUCAUCUCUUGGCUUCCGAUCCCAGCCAAAUACCGGCGUGGCCAAGUGGUGCUGUAUCGCCUGUCCUUCCGCCUAAGCACUGAGAGCUCCAUCCAAGUUCUGGAGCUCCCAGGGACCACACAUGAGUACCUUUGGGAAGGUUUGAAGCCUGACAGUGUCUAUCUGGUCCGGAUUACUGCAGCCACCAGAGUGGGGCUGGGAGAGUCAUCAGUGUGGACUUCACAUAGGACGCCCAAAGCUACAAGUGUGAGAGCUCCCAGGUCUCCGGAGUUACAUUUGGAACCCUUAAAUUGUACCACCAUUUCGGUGAAAUGGCAGCGAGACGCUGAGGACACCGCAGCCAUCCAGGGCUACAAGCUGUACUACAAAGAAGAAGGGCAGCAGGAGAACGGACCCUUUUUCUUGGAUACCCGGGACCUUCUCUAUACUCUGAGUGGCUUGGACCCCAGAAGAAAAUACCACGUGAGGCUGCUGGCUUAUAACAACAUGGAGGAUGGCUAUCAGGCCGACCAGACCGUCAGCACGCCGGGCUGCGUGUCUGUCCGAGAUCGCAUGGUGCCGCCUCCACCGCCACCCCACCAUCUCUAUGCCAAGGCCAACAGCUCGUCCUCCAUCUUCCUGCACUGGAGGAGGCCUGCCUUCAGCACCGCCCAAGUCAUUAACUACACCAUCCGCUGUAACCCCGUGGGCCUGCAGAACGCAUCUCUGGUUGUGUACCUUCAGACGUCAGAAACUCACAUGUUGGUUCAAGGUUUAGAAUCAGACACCAAGUAUGAAUUUGCUGUUCGACUGCAUGUGGAUCAGCUGUCCAGUCCUUGGAGCCCUGUGGUCUACCAUUCUACACUUCCAGAAGCACCAGCAGAUUCACCAGUGGGAGUGAAGAUGGCACCCAUUGAAGAUGACACUGCUCUGGGUUCUUGGCAACCCCCUGAGGGCCCAGAGACGGUUGUGACACACCACACUAUCCUGUAUGCAUCCCAGAAGGCCUGGAUUGCAGAGGAAUGGCAGGUCCUUCACCAAGAAGUUUAUUCAGGCUAUUACCACCUGGACCAGAAGUCAAUGACUGGCAUUGCUGUAGGUGUCGGCAUAGCCCUGACCUGCAUCCUGGUCUGUGUUCUCAUCUUGAUAUACCGAAGUAAAGCCAGAAAAUCAGCUGCUUCUAAGACAGCACAGAAUGGACCCCAGCAGAUCCCUUGCACCAUUACCUCCUCAGCGAGUAGGACUGACGUGGCAAAGAACCUGCAAAGAGCUGCUGAAAAUGAAGACUCUUUACUGCCAAUGAUCGUGCCCAACAGCUUCCUUGAUGCCAAGGGAGGAACCGACCUAAUAAUUAACAGUUAUGGUCCUAUAGUUAAAAGCAACUCUAAGAAAAAAUGGUUUCUCUUUCAAGACUCUAAGAAGAAAAAAGUUGAGCAGCCUCAAAGAAGAUUUACUCAAGCCGUCUGCUUUUACCAGCCAGGCACUACUGUGCUCAUUGGUGGUGAAGACUCUCCCGGCUCCCCACACCAGACAGCCAGCUUCCCAAGACCCUUUAGUGGGACGGUGGAUCCUGAGCAUUCAGCAAAUAGUGAAGGUAGCCACGAGACUGGGGAUUCUGGAAGGUUCUCCCAUGAGUCCAGUGAUGAAAUACACCUGUCGUCCGUCAUCAGUUCGACACCUCCAACCUCCAGUUCCCUCACUGGCAGUGAUUCUGGGGACAACCCAACGACGAGCAAGUGUGAAGACCCUGCAGUGCCACCUGCUGCGGAGUCGACCCCAGCUUCCAUAACUUCCAUGGGUGGCAACUUUGCAUCCGAUCUGCUGCCACAGGGUGUUUUUGCCGAACGAUGUGAUACUCUGCUGCGCACCUGGAGGCCUACACUGUGCCGCCUGCUGAAUUCCAGGUAUGACUGGCAUAGUGGCGACCGGAAUACUGACCCGCAGCUCCCCGAGAGAAGUAAAGAUAACUCACUAUCAGAUCUCGUGGAUAAAACUACAAGCGACUUCUGGCUAUUGGUUAUGCCAGCGUUGUCUUUUGAGGCUGACUGCACUCCAGUGGUACCUGUUCCUCCUGUAGCUGUUGAGAUUGUUUAUCUCCGGUUUCCGACACUGUGCAAAGUGGUGAUUCUGACAUCAAAACUAACUCCAGUGCUUUGCCUGACUGAAUAUAGAGUCUGCACCUACAGACUCUCUAAUGGGAUCAUAAGUAAACCUAACGAAAUGCAAGGAAAACAAUUUUCUUUAAAAGGACAAAAGAUGUCAGAGCUAGAAGAGACUUCGGAGGUGGAGCCCCAUCGACUUGCGCCCAUCGAAAAGCCCAGACUCAAGGUUUCCCAAGUUCUCAGAUCUCACAGCCCCACGGAUGAAUAG